UGUUCCAGAAAAGAGUUUCAUACAUUCAGAAAAGGGCCAAUAAACAUGAUUGAUCGGUGUAAAUGGCACCACUCAGCUGGGGAUUUAUCACUCUUGGAAGACAUAAAUAAAACACAAGGAUCAUGGAAAGCGUGCCCAGCAUGGCUCACUCUUUAAUCUGAGUGAACCUGGCGACAUCUCCCAGCACCCCAUCGAGUCAAAGCCAUGCCAAUAUGUCUAACUUAGUUUUGUUAUGUUACAGCCUGGUCAUUUCCAGCACGACCAAAUGAAGUUAAAGAAACAGUUAGUAGCCUAUUGCCCCCUUGAAGAUAGGAGUCAUUUUGCUUUUUGACUCGGAGUGCAGCCUCGUUUUCUUCAUUCACUAAAAGCUCCGUCUUGUCUGACGUACGGGUGUAAAGCGGACCGCAUCGCGACUCUCUGCAUUGUUGACGAUUUAUUUUUAGUCCGAAACCGCUGCCGGACUGGAGGUUCCGCCCACACGCGGUCCGGGUCGGCUGCUGCUGCUGUGGAUCCUCAAACUCCGAGUUGAUUCAGCCAGGACGAGCUGAGUUCUGCAGUCUGAGACCAUGGCAGAGGAAGUAAGACACUUCUUUGGGAAUACCACGCUUUUCCGUCGGCUUCUACCUCUACUCGGGUUUCUGUUCAGCGCCUGUGAUGGUGUGUGGUCAAACCAGGUGGUGGUUCCGGCACAGGUCACUUCAGUUCUGGGGAAGAACGUGACUCUUAGCUGCCGGAUGGAGAUGAGCUCGAACCUCAGUCUGACCCAGAGCUCCUGGGAGCGUCACUUGCCCUCCGGCAUCAUCACUCUGGCCGUCUUCAACCCUGUGUAUGGGACAUCUGUUGCUGAUGAGUACAGCAGACGGGUGCACUUCCUCAAGCCCUCGGUACACGAUGUGUCCAUUGUCCUGCAGGGAGUGGGCUUUGCCGACAUUGGGAUGUACACCUGUAAAAUGGUCACAUUUGAACUCGGAAACAUGCAGGCCUCCACAAAUGUUGACGUUAUGGUGGAGCCAAAGGUCUAUGUGUCUCCGGGCUCCUUGUCUCUGACGGCGGAUGAUGGUGAAACUCUGGUGGCGACAUGUACAGCUGAACGGGGCCGUCCCGCGGCCGAGGUGUUUUGGGAAUCAGAUCUGCCGGGUCAAACAGCAGUCGUCACACAGUCAGAGCCAGAGGGGACCACAACUACUCUAGUGCACUACGUCUUGGCCCCUACACGAGCCUCGCAUGGCCGCUCCCUCAGCUGUGUUGUUCGUCACCCGGCCCUUUCCAGAGAUUUCCGAAUACCCUACCGGCUCAAUGUGUUUUUUGUUCCAGAUGUUAUGGUGAUAGGCGGGAAGAAUGUGUGGUACGUUGGACAAAAAGACGUCCAGCUGGACUGUAAAGCCAAUGCAAACCCACCAGCCCUGUUUUACCUUUGGACCAGGCUGGACGCACUAAUGCCUGCAGGUGUAAACAUGCAUAAUGGCAGUCUAGUGUUUACUCGUCCUUUAGAGGCGACCGACUCUGGACAAUACAGGUGUGAAGUUCAGAACGAUGUUGGCCAGAACUUUCAUGACGUGCCCUUCUUGGUACUAGAUCCUCCACCCACCACUGCAGCCCCGACCACCACCACCACCUUCUCCAAGUCCCUCCACCCCGACACCAGUUUGACUAUCACGGCUCCAAUCAACCAGCGGGCCCACUUUAGCUCCCCGACUCGUUCCUCUCCGCGGGACGCCGAUCUGUCAACUCUCGUAGGUGGCAUUGUCGGUGGGAUCCUCAUCCUGGUGCUGCUGUUGGCUCUAGCUGGGGCUUUCUACAUGCGCCGUCGUCGGACAUUCAGAGGGGACUAUUAUACAAAACAAUACAUAGGCCCAUCGGACAUGCAGAAGGAGUCACAACUGGAUGUUCUUGAGCCGCACGAGCUUCAGGAUGUUUACGGAGACGAUUCGGGCAACGGCAGCCAGGAUUUGAAGCCCAAGCCUGAAGGAGACAUCAUUUACCCUGACUAUCCCAACGACCACAAAGACACGGAGGGUUGGGGCGACAAUCUCAGCCUUCAGAGGGAAGCCAGUUAUUAUUCUGACCACCACAACCAUCAUAAUGUGAACCCCAGUGGGCCGCCGCUGCACAACGGCUCCCCCUACCUGCGGGACGAGUGCUUCGAUAAUGCCACAGACAAUGAUUACGUGUCGCACAUCGACGGGUCCGUGAUCUCGCGCAGGGAAUGGUAUGUUUGAGAAGGACUUUUAUUAAACAGCCGAACAGUAAUUUAAGUAAAGCGGAGAAAGUGUUAUUUAAAUUGGGUGGACAGGCGAGAUGUGUAUGUUGUAUGAGUGGUGAGUAGUGCAGUCAAACAAUUAAUCGCGAUGUUUUUCACUUGGUGCGUUGAUCGGUUAGAUUGAUAAAACAGGAAGUACUGAUCCACAAUCAUACAGUAUGUUAAAUAUUUUUGUUUUGAUGUUUUUUUUUACAUUCGUCAGUAAAGUGAUAAAUGUUUCAGCGCAGUCUUUAAAGCCUAAAUGUUUAUUCCUGACCAAUGUUAAAUAAAACUUCAAGAACUUCAAGAAUAUUCGCACUUUAGUGCUUUAGAUUACUAAUUCCUGUAUAUAUAAAUAAAUAAUAUACGUUGGAUAUAAAUGUAAAUAUUUUUGUUGAUGCGAUUUAUGUAUAUGUGUGUGUUUAUAUACAUAAUCAAUAUAUACAAUUGGCACACAUGUAUUAAAUAAAUAUUAAAAAUUGUUUUGAUUAAUGCAAUUAAUCCCGAUUAAUCGUUUGACAGCACUAGUUGUAUGUAUUUUAUGUAUUCUCAGAGCUCCGUUUACGUUUUAUGCCUAGCAAAAUGGCUGUAAUUUGCUGCAGAUCUGUUCUUGGGGAUGUAAAGGGAGAGGUUUACAUGGUUUAUGAUCACAGGGUGGAUUUACACAAAGAAAACAAGUCUGCUAAAAUUAAGCUGCACUGUGUGCGUAACCCGUAGCAGUUACCACACCACUUAUGACUGUUAGCUUUCGAACCAGGUGCAGCACAGUCUUGCUUUUUUCCUCUCUCACUGCUUUUUUAUUAUUAAGUAUAU